UUAAAUAUUCAUGAGCUUUUAUUCCAUUAUAACUUUGGGGAUCUGAGAUUAUUCAUAUGUAAAUGAUCUCAAAUCUCAAUUCCCAAAUAAUACAACAAACUUAAAAAAUCAAAAUAAAAUCAUGUCUUUUUCAGGAACCCAAACAAAAUGCAAGGCAUGUGAUAAAGCUGUGUAUGCUGCAGAAGUGAUCUCUGCAAGUGGUGUUAAUUAUCAUAAUACUUGUUUCAGAUGUAGCCAUUGCAAUGGACGACUUGCUUUGAGCAACUACUCUAGCCUAGAUGGAGCUUUAUUUUGCAAGCCACAUUUUGAACAGCUACUCAAGGAGAAAGGAAGUGCCUCUUUUAAGUCCACAUCACUUGGGAGGAACAAUGACCUGAACAGAUGCCCUAGCAAAUUGUCCUCUCUAUUUUCCGGCACUCAAGAAAAAUGUGCAGCAUGCAAGAAAACUGUGUACCCAUUGGAAAAGGUGACAGUAGAUGGAGAAUUUUACCACCAAUCUUGCUUCAAGUGUGCACAUGGUGGAUGCAAACUUACAACAUCAUCAUAUGCAGCAUUAGAUGGACUUCUCUAUUGCAAACCUCAUUUCUCUCAAUUAUUCAAAGAAAAGGGUUCCUAUAAUCAUCUUACAACAACUACAAACAAAAAAAAUAGUGGAUCAAAUGAUGAACAAGAAAUCUCUACUACUACUGAAGCUGAACCACAGGCUGCAGAAGAGACUCAAGAUUAGUCAUAAUUAUGAAAAUAGUGUUGUUAAUUAUUGUCAAUGAGACUAAUUAUCUUGAGGAGAACACGCGAUUAUAUUGGUUUUCUUAUUUGUUUUCUUCUUUAAUUUUGUAAAGCCUGUUAAGGCACCAUAUAUAUUUGUAUGCUUUUUCUCAGUUUUGCUUUAAUAAGAAAUCCAUUAUUUGUUU